GAAAAUCUAUGCGGAGAACAGAAAAAGAGCCCAAAAUGCUCACUCUCAACUGGAUUCCCUUGGCCAGAAAGUCGAGUGGCCUCUCUACAACCAACCCAGUGAUGCGACCGCCUAUCAGGACAACAAAAGGAAGCACGUGUCUUUCAAAAGAAGGCUGUUGGAGUACUUUAAGCAGAAGCACAAGGAAAACGAGACAAGGAACAAAUUUCUGACUGAGACUUACAGCAAAAUGAUGCAAGAUUGGUUGAGGAAAGUCGACAAAAUAGAAUGUAGCACGAAGCGAAAAGCAAAGGACGUAAAAAAUAGGGAAUUUUUCGAGAAAGUUUUUCCAGAACUGAGGAAGCAGAGAGAGGACAAAGAAAGGUUCAACAGAGUGGGGUCUCGAGUGAAGUCAGAAGCUGAUAUGGAAGAAAUUAUGGAUAAUCUUCAGGAGCAAGCUCUGGAAGAUAAGAAAAUGCGUAGCUAUGCAGUCAUACCUCCGAUUCUUUUCGAUAAGAAGGCGAAGCGGAUCAAAUACGACGACAACAACGGUUUCGUCGAAGAUAUGGACGUCGUCUAUAAGAGCAGACGGUUUUUAAAUGUGUGGACUGCCAGUGAAAAAGAAAUAUUCAAGGAGAAAUAUCUUCAGCAUCCGAAGAACUUCGGUUGUAUAGCGUCAUAUUUAGAUAGAAAAUCGGUGUCCGACUGUGUACAUUACUACUAUUUGAGUAAAAAAACUGAAAAUUAUAAACAAUUAUUUAGGAAGGCUAGGCAGCGAACGAGGAGCUCGAGGAAUAACACGCAGAAGGUUAGCAAUAGCGGGAAUGCUUCCGUUGUGGACAUCUUGACUUCAGGCGUAACAACUCGACUUCAAAGAGAACAACAGGCUAAAACGGGAAAUCAACAGUCUCGAGAUCCGAAUCAGCCGUUGGAACAUCCGACGUCGACGACACCGCCAGCAACAUCCGCACCCACUCCCAGCACCGCAGUGUCUGUCGACAGCCCUCCGUCGACCGUUACGACGACUACCACCACCACGUCCACGUCAAGCCCGGCGACGACAACCUCCGUACUGCCGUCUACGCCGCCACCGUCGGCCGUUUCAACGUCCGAUAAAACCGUGGUCGGUGGUUCGAUGACACCGACAGUUUCUGGAGUGACUACUACCCCGACAACCGCGAUAUCGAACUGUAUAUCUUCUUCUAGUACAUCUGUGAUUACGACUAGCAGUAGUGGCGCGAUCGUGACGGCGUCCACGGCGACGACGACGCCGUCCGUCGUCGUUUCGGCGUCCGUGACCGUGACGACGAUGAACGAUAAAGAAUCGACUCCGAUGGAGGUGGACACAGUUACGGAAGACGUGAAACCGAAGACUUUUUUGGGGUUUGGUUCGAUGGACGAGUACAUGGCGAAGAGCAGUUACUUCGAAGAGGUCGGCGGUUGCGGAACCGGCAGCGGUAAAGACGGCGCGGCUGUAAUUUUGGACGGGCAGAAGCAGAAGAGCGUUGUGGUGGACGGAACUACGAGCCUGAAGAUGGAGGUCGAAUCAGCCCAGGAAAUCAUCAGGUUAGUUGAAAAAUUUGAUAGUCGUAAAUUUCUCGUUACUGUUUAUCUUCGAAUGAAAUUUGAAGUGAUGUGUUUAGUGAUGAAUUCGAAACCCUUCAACGUCUGCUGUUGCCAACUAUCCGAGGAACAGCCGGGAACGUAUAUCCCGCAAGUGGAAGCUAUUUCACCCACACUGCCCGAUCAGCUGAAUCAGGACGAUCAGGCUUUUCGGACGACGAAGGACGAAUUGAUCCAGCAGAUCGGAAAGGUCGACAGAGAGAUUGCCAAGGCUGAGUCGCAGAUAACGAUAUUGAAGAAAAAACAGUCGGAGCUGGAGGAAAUCGCCAACAAGCCAGUCAUCAAAUCGGAGGUCGAGGAAGUGACGGCUCCAAAACAUCAGAGUUUGCCACAGAAAAUCUAUGCGGAGAACAGAAAAAGAGCCCAAAAUGCUCACUCUCAACUGGAUUCCCUUGGCCAGAAAGUCGAGUGGCCUCUCUACAACCAACCCAGUGAUGCGACCGCCUAUCAGGACAACAAAAGGAAGCACGUGUCUUUCAAAAGAAGGCUGUUGGAGUACUUUAAGCAGAAGCACAAGGAAAACGAGACAAGGAACAAAUUUCUGACUGAGACUUACAGCAAAAUGAUGCAAGAUUGGUUGAGGAAAGUCGACAAAAUAGAAUGUAGCACGAAGCGAAAAGCAAAGGACGUAAAAAAUAGGGAAUUUUUCGAGAAAGUUUUUCCAGAACUGAGGAAGCAGAGAGAGGACAAAGAAAGACCAAACCACAGCCAACCAUCGCAUACGUCUGUUGACAUAUACAAGCCCUCCAGGUCCCCCAUAUCGACGGCCCGCUACCCGUACCCUUCGUCGCCUCACCAGCAGCAACCUACCGCGACAGCGGCCAGCAUCAACCCCGCCGCUGCCGUAUCCCAGAGAUACCCCCAGCAGCCGCCUCCGGUGGUGGUGUCGACCGCUCCGCCACUGCCCCCUCUCCAUACCGGCGUGUUCCGGGACUACAGGCACAAUAGAAUAUCACUGCUGCAUCCGGAAUAUGGUCCAGGCAGGCCCCGAGACCAUCAGCCGACCAUACAGGCGGGGGGGGUGUGCGUCGACGGCGGAGGACUCCAGAGCAGCGGGGGGCAGCAACCGCUGAAGAAGAUCCGAUUGCAGGACAAGGAGGGCGUGCAACCGCUCAGGAUUGACAUACGG